AUGUUUAAUUCAUAAAAAACUUAAGAAUUGUGCAAUUAAGAAAAAUACAUUCAUUUCAUAAAAUGGUGCAAAGAAAAUGGAGCAUUGAUAUCAGAUGAAGUUUAAUAUCCAUCUGCAUUUGGAGCUUAAGGUUAUACUGGUAUUAGUGCAAAAAUGAAUAUUGCCGCUAAUAAAGUAAUUAUUGCUAUACCUAACAAAUUAAUCAUAAGUCAUCAUAAAGUAUUGAAAAGUGAAUUGAGUGAUAUGUUUAAGGCUCAUAAACCUUUUUUUGAUGAUUAGAUCACUGCAGAUGCUGAAUUCAAUUGUUUGGGUAUGAAAUAAGUUGUACCCUAUAGCACUUUACAUAUUUUAUCAUAAAUUAUAAGGAGAAAAGUCAUUUUGGUAUCCUUAUUUGAAUGUAGUAGAACAACAUACUAUGUUUGAAUGGAGAAAUAGAGACCUAUUCAAUUUAUAAGAUCAAUCCUUAAUUGAUGAAUUUAUGUAUAUAUAAUCUGAAAUGGAUAAAUCUUGGUACAAAUUUAAAGGAGUAAUGAACAAAUAUCCUCAAUAUUAUGGUUGUUUAACUGAAGAACAUAAAGACAUGUUUUAUUGGAGUAAUGAAUUUGUGAUGACUCGUUGUUUUGGUUGGACAUUACCAUCUACAAGUUUAGUACCUAUGGCUGAUAUGUUAAAUCAUUCUAAUAUUAAUCCUGCUACAUAUCAUUUAGUUAAUAGAUUAAUUGAAUAAAAUGGUUAACCAAAUAAUAGAUACACUCUUAAAAGAGAAAGAAUAGAUCUUAAAUUAUUAGAACUUGAUUUUAAAAUUGAUCCAAAAUAUUAAAUUAGAAAUACAUAAGAAGCAUAUAUUUAAACAAAUAAAUAAUUGUUAGUUCAUGAAUUUGAAGGUUAAACAACAAGAGAUAAAAUUAAUUAAAUAAAUUAUAAUGUAUUAAAACUUUGGAAAGAAAAAUAAGCAUGGGAAUUGGAUUUUGAAUCAUCUUCUUAAUCAGAAGAUAAUGAUACAGAUUCAGAAGAUGAAGAUAAGAUAGAUAAGCUCACUUAAAUAAGAUAAAAAGAACUUAAGAUUAUAUAAGAAAAGAAUACUAAGUUAGAUUAAAAAUAUACUCAAAAAUGUUAAGAUAUUAUUACCAGUAUUAUUCCCAAGAAUACCUAAUAUAAAUAGACAUAAUCAACUAUAUAAAUUAAGGGAAAGAGAACUUUUGAAGAAGAUUUGGAGAAAGAUUAAAAUAGUUCAGAAAGUAGUGAUGAUUCAGAGAAAGAUUUUGAUUGGUAUAAUGAUGAUGAUGAUUAAGUUUAUUUUUGUAUUACUACAGCAGGUCAAAUUUAAUAAGGAGAAUAAAUAUAUACAUUUUAUGGUCGAAGAAACAAUAGAUUCUUAUUAUUAUGGUAUGGAUUUACUAUGAAUAAUAAUAAGUAUAAUUCAUUCAAUCUUAGAGUAUAUUAAAUUUAUUUUAUAUUAAGUUAUGGCUCAAUCCAGAACCUAUGCCUAUGAAUGACUAAAUAUAUUCUAAGAUUAUUGUUACUGAUAUAGUGAAUCUUAAUCAUCUAAAAUAUGGGUAAAUUAAUGGAGUUCCAAUUAAUCAAUUAAGCAAAGAAAUUAAGUUGAAGGGAUCUAAAUUAUAAGAAGGUAUAUUUUAAUAAUGAUUUAGAUUUAAUCAUAUAUGUAAGACUCUUUUUAAUGGCCUAUUAUAUUGGAUAGGAUGCAAAUUCAAUUUUAUUAACUAUACCAGUUUCAAUUGAUUUUGAAAUUUAGGUUUUUGAUUUCACAUUAAAGUUACUUUCUUAUCUUGCAUAAAAGUAUAUUUAAAAAAAUAUAAAUUAGAUUUAAAUCACCAUAUUAAGAAGAUUUAAAUUUAAAUUUAAAUAAUUUAAAAUGUGAAGAGUAUUUUGCACUUAAUUAUAGAAUUGGAUAAAAGGAAUUAAUUUUAUUGCAAAUAAAUCAUAUAAUGGAAGCUUUGAAACUUUUGAGAAUGUUGAAAUAAUAACCAAAAUUAAACAUAAAAGAGUAUUUUAUGUAAUAAUCUAAUUCAGUAGAAAAAAUGAGAGCUUUAAGAUAUUAUAUAAAAUAUUUAUGA